AUGACAGACAUCCUGGCACAGCAAACACCUCUCACACUCCUCGGUCCCUCAGACAAGGAAAAGAAGUAUGACCGCCAACUCAGGCUGUGGGCGGCCGAGGGCCAGGCUGCCUUGGAAUCGGCAAAUAUUCUGCUCAUAAACUCGGGACCAGGCACAGCUGGCAUCGAGACUCUGAAGAACCUUGUUCUACCCGGGAUUGGCAAGUUUACUAUUGCCGACAAUGCAACUGUCCAAGAUGAAGACUUGGGCGUCAACUUUUUCCUGGACGAUUCAUGCCUCGGUCAAUCGAGAGCUCAGUGCUGCACGGAACUUCUCCUUGAGCUCAACCCGGAGGUGGAGGGAGUCUGGACCUCUAAAGAUCCCGCCAGCCUCCAGGAGCUGCUUGGUUCACCAGAAGUAUUUACUAUGAUCAUGUAUAGCUUUCCUCUACAGCCAUGGAUGCUUGAAGCCAUUGAGGCAUACGGCCGCCAGCAUCGAACGCCGCUCGUCGCUAUUCACUCAGUGGGCUUCUACUCUUACUUCCGCAUCACACUGCCCGGUACCUUUCCCAUCGUUGACACUCAUCCCGACGAAACUGCAACGACAGACCUCAGGCUUCUCGCCCCUUGGCCGGAGCUCUCUCAAUUUGCAAAGGAAAUGACCAAAGACAUUGACAACCUAGACCACCAUGACCAUGGCCAUAUCCCGAUGGUUGUGAUUUUGCUUCACUAUCUGGAUAACUGGAAACAGCAGCACAAUGGUGCUUACCCACUCUCCUAUAGUGAAAAGACGGCAUUUCGACAAAUGGUAUCAGACGCCAUGAGGCGAGACAACCCGGAAGGAGGAGAGGAAAACUUUGAGGAGGCUGUUGCUGCUGUUAUGAAGCAUGUCAAUCCGCCGCCCGUCCCAUCAUCGCUCAAACAGGUCUUUGACUACGAGCACAAAGAUGAACAACAAGCCAAGUCCAGUUUCUGGAUCAUUGCGGAAGCCAUGAAGCAGUUUUAUGCUGAGCACCAACGCCUGCCCGUCGCUGGUGGCCUGCCGGACAUGAAGGCGGAGUCUAAUGUCUACAUCAAGCUGCAGAAUAUCUACAAAGACAAAGCUCGGCAAGAUGCAAACGACGUCUUGGCCAGAGUCCGCAAAAUCCCAGGGGGUGAAAACAUUGACCUGGUAGAGGUGGAGCUUUUCUGCAAAAAUGCACGCUUCAUCAAACUCGUCAAUAUCGCGGAGGAGAAACCCCUGAGUCUGGAGCAAAUCAUUGAACGCGAGCUCAGCAAUGACGAAAUCGCUGCUAUCGCGGGGCCAGAAAUGCCAUCCUCCCUGAUUUAUAUCUACCUGGCUUUGAGCGUGCUAUCGCAUGAUUCGAUAGCCUCAGCUGAUGAAAUCACAGCUGCGGUCUGUGCCAUGGCGCCGGCUCUCAAGGGCAACAAGCGCUUGACUAAAGUGGCCCAGGAACUGUCGCGAGCAGCUGGCGGGGAGUUGCACAAUAUCUCGGCCGUAACUGGGGGGAUGGUGGCACAGGAGGUCAUCAAGAUCAUUACGAAGCAAUACGUCCCCAUUGACAACACGUGCAUAUUUGACGGAAUAGAAAGCCGAUGCCAAGUCCUGCGGUUAUAG